CUCGGUAUCAGAAAAAGUUUUUUCUACUAAUGAGUUCAGUGCUGCAAUGAAUGUAUACCUAUUAACAUUAGCAUUUAGUAUUUUAUUAGACAGAUCAGUUAUAUGUAGGCAAAGAUAUCAAAAAGAAAACAGCUACCAAGUUGUGGGCGUGGAUUGUGGUGAAAAUGAGUCAGUAAGUUGCAUGAUUAUCAAAUGCCCGGAUGAUGAAUUUUGUCCGGCGGCAAACUUCUGCUAUAAUCCCAAGUGCGUUUGCCGCAAAGGAUAUCGGCGCCUCAAUGGAGUCUGUGUGCCGAAACACAGUUCUCUGCAUCUCAACAAAGUUAAGUUGGAAACGGCUUUACUGGAAAUGCCUUAUAGGGAGCUAUAAUUGUAAAAGGUAUAAAAGGAAAUGGAAAUUCUAUUUCUCUUUAGCUUCCACUUGGACUCGCACAUGAUCAAAAAACCUAACUUAAAUAUGUAAAUUGAAUAUUUAAUAUUACUUCAAGAACUUAUUUUAAUAUACUUUUUCACUUUUCAAGAUA